CAAAAUUCUCUUUCUCAACCCCCAAAGAAAGGACCAAUGAGCCGAAGGAACAAGAACGGCCCUAAGCUCGAGCUGAAGCUGAACCUCUCGCCACCUCCUUCUCAACCCAACCUGAUGAGUCUAGUUAGUUCUCCAAGCCGAUCCUACACAACUUCACCAAGCUCAUGCGUUUCCUCUGAAACGAACCUGGAGGAGAUGGAGGCAACAAUCUCAAUGGUACUUGUUGGCUGCCCUCGUUGCCUCAUGUACGUUAUGCUCUCUCAAGAUGACCCUAAAUGUCCAAAAUGCAAAAGCACCGUCCUACUCGAUUUCCUCCACCAAGACGCCUCUGCCUCUACAACCGCUACAACCGCUCCCGCCGCUACCAUGAAACGCAAUAAGACCUGGUGGAACUUUUUUGUUUAAUGCAAUCCUUUUCCCGAACGUAAACCUAGAGGGUAGCUGAUCCAACCGUACUUUGUUUCUAUAUUUUCUUUUGCUUCUUCUCGUGGUUGUUUGGUCUUAGAGUAGUGCUAAUCACGCUCCACAUUUAGACCAAACUUUGAAGUGGAGCGCGAGUAGCAUUAACUUUAUGUUUAAUGAAAUAUGAAAUUAUUAGAGCAAAUGAUGUUCAGUAUGAUAAAAC